GGAACAAGCACGGCGUCGUCGCCUGCCGGAGACAUUCUGCAAGAGCAGCUGCCGCUCCCGACGAUAUCGCCAUAUGUUUGAGUGCGCGGCGCCGACGGCUCGCAGCAUCGUUUUCGCCAUCGGCUGCUCUCUGCCGAGCGGCAAACCGCCUGGAUAGGCCUCUGUGUGCACUGAGAUCUUUAUUUCAUUUUUUUUUUCGUGCGUGUGUGCCCGGUCGUCCGCCUGUGCAGCGGUGGCGUGGGGUUCGGAUAACACCGGCUGGAUUGCGUAAACUUCAUCUCGUGCUCAGGUGAACCUUCGUGACAGCGACUUAGUCCGAGGGUGUCUCCUCCAUCAACGACGGCCACGCUUCUUUAACUCUGCCGAAACUUCGUCCCGACAUGACAGCGAUACAGCGCUCGGAGUCGGCGACCUGUGAAAGCAACAGCAGGGACGGCUGCUGUUGCCAGGAGGAGUCCUGACCCGGCGGCGGCGGCCGUUGCAGCAGCAGCAGCAGCAGCAUCAGCGCGGCCGGGGGCCAUGUGGGGCCUCGGGUGAUGGGACCCCAGGGGGGCUCGAUGGGCUCCAGCGGAGGGAGCCCUGCCCGGGACGGCCUCGUCUGGGACACCGAGAACCCCGCCGUGCCGGGCUUCUCGCUCCGCGCUGCCUCCCUGGACGCCGCGCUCAGGUUCCUCAUCGACUGCUUCCUACCCAUCGGUGGCCUGGAGGACGACGACAACCGCUUUCCUUACAUAUUCCUCCUCAUGCACCAGUGGUUCAUCAAAUCUGAGAAGCUGGCACGAUGCCUUGUCGACCAAUACAUGACCAGCAAUACUCAGCAUCGAUGCGUGCUGCCAUGUGUUCAUACUCUGCAGCACUCAACGCACUGUCCCAUUUACAAGCACAAGGCACAGGUGUGCCAGGUGUUCAGAUUCUGGAUGCUCAAGUUCCCCCAGCACCUCGAGGCCGAGGGCGUGGUGGCGCGGGUGGCGGCGCUGCAGUCGCGCCUGCGUCAGGAGGGCCACUCGGUGCUGGCCGACCUGGUGGACCUGACCCGCAGGCCCUCUCCCCGGUCCGAGUGGGCCCGUGCCGUGUCCGUGCGGCUGCCGCUCGCCAAGCACACGCGCAAGGUGUCGCUCGUGUUCGACCACCUCGAGCCGCGAGAGCUGGCCGACCACCUCACCUACCUGGAACACAAGGUCAUGAAGCGCAUCACGUUCCUGGACUUCAAGCAGUACGCGGAGCAAGGGACGCUGGCGGACAACCCUCGCCUGGAGCGCUCCAUCUCGCAGUUCAACGGCCUCUCGCAGUGGACCCAGUGCAUGGUGCUCUCGCGGUCCACGCCGCAGCAGCGAGCUGACGUCAUCACCAAGUUCGUCGACGUCGCCAAGAACCUGCUGGAGCUGCAGAACUUCAGCUCCCUGAUGGCCGUCGUGGGCGGGCUGAACCACAGCGCACUGGCGAGGCUGUCUCAGACGACCACCUGCCUGCCGGGGGAGACGAGGCGCACCCUGGCACAGUUCGCCGCCCUGCUCUCCUCGGCGGGGAACUUCUGCAACUACCGCAAGGCACUCGCCGAGGCACGGGACUUCAGGAUACCCAUCCUGGGUGUGCACAUGAAGGACCUGAUCUCGGUGCACGUGGCGCUCCCAGACGUUGUGGACGGCAUGAUCAACCUGCGCAAGAUGGCGCAGCUGUCGCACAUAUUCCAGGAACUCUGGGAGCUGCAGCACUCGCCUCCACCCCUCGACGUCAGCAUGGACCUCAUCAACACGCUCAAGCUCUCCCUAGACACCGCCUACACCGAAGACGAGAUCUUCGAACUUUCUCUUGCCAGAGAGCCUAAGGCACCCAUGGUAUCUCCGUCGAAGCCUCUCGCUAUGGAAUUUGCAUCCAAAGUUCCGGAAGGAACUGAUCUGGCUCUCGUUGAGAAACAGAUCUGCGACAUGGUGGAAGAGGUGUUCCACGAGUACGACACGGACCGCGACGGCUACCUGAGCCCCGAGGACGUGGCGGCGGUGACGGGCCGCUUUCCCGCUCUGCGCGGCCUGGUGCCCGAGGAGUGCCAGAGGAGGCUGCUGGGACGACACGACAUCCGGCGGUUCCUGCUGCGCUCCAACUGGGCCAUGUUCCGGCACGACUUCCACGAGACCACCUACUUCCGGCCAACCUUCUGCAUACACUGCACCGGCCUGCUGUGGGGCCUGAUCAAGCAAGGCUUCAAGUGUAAAAAGUGCGGUAUCAACGCGCACAAGCACUGCCGAGAGCAAGUGCUCGCCGAGUGCCGGCCACUCACGCCGCAGGGUCCAGUGAGGAGCUCUUCCUUCUCCUCCACAGAUCGGCGGCUAAUGGCUCGGAAGCAUCAGUGCGCCACCAUUGUCCUGGCCAUGUUGGCGUUGGCUGUGGGCGAGGCGAAUUUCUGGGAGAGGCCGGGCUGCCACAAAGUGGGACACACUCGCCGGGUGAGCAUCCCCGAGUGCGUCGAGUUCGACAUCACGACGAACGCGUGCCGAGGCUUCUGCACCUCGUACUCCAUCCCGUCGCCGGAGUUCACGCUGCGCAUGAACCGAAACCAGCGGGUCACCUCGUUCGGACAGUGCUGCAACAUCAUGGACACCGAGGACGUCAAAGUGCAGGUUCGUUGCCUGGACGGUCACAGGGACCUGGUCUUCAAGUCGGCCAAAAGCUGCGCCUGCUUCCACUGCAAGAAGAACUGACCGAGCUGGCGGUUCCUCCUCGUCAGUUGGGUGGCCGUCGACUAUGUUGUGACGUCAUCAUCCCUUUGCACUGCGCAUUCUCCUCCUCCUCGCACAGUUGCUCACAGAAUAUUUCUAACCAAACGCAUCAACUUUCAAACUGUGGCUUUGUUUUAACGGCGACACGCUUGUUCACUCUAUGCGAGAAAACGAUGUACUCGAAGUAAGAGCUCUGACCUACUGAUUGUACUCCGACCAUAUUGAAAGGUUUGGUUCAAAUUCUUACUAAGUCUAUCGGAGGUCGGUAAUAGUGUCGAGUUCUAUUAUUGCGUUACCACUGACCAAUAUUUAUUUCUUUUUCUUUUGUGACUCCGUUAAUAUGUCAGGAAUUCAGGUUUGUGUGAGAGUUGUUAUAUUACGCCAACCCUUAAAAAAGUUUUCUUUCUGUUCCUCUAGAUCAGAAUAUUUAUCGUCUACAGUCCUUUUCGAUCACGUUUAUAUGCGUAGCGGAGAAAUACAAACGAUGAACAAUCUCCUGUCUUGAGAACCAAUGUAUGAAGUUGGCUGUUUGUGACAAUAAAGUAUUAUCAAC